ACUCUCCCCUAAAAUUCCAGUCUCCGAAAAGUCUGUUUCGAUUUCCGUUCUCUCCGAAACCGCCAUUUCCAAGAGCUCGCGAAGAGGAAAGCCGCACGCUUCCCUGCGCCAAGAAAGGAUUUUGCAAAGCGAUCGAGAUUCCUCUGCGGCUCCUGCGAAAAGGGUAGAGGUCAAAGGAGGGGAGAGGCGAAGGGGAAAGGGGGGGCAUCUUCCGUCUUUCUUGAACGGGAGAAUCGGAUUCUUUGGUUCGGCCGGGAGGCGCGGAGGGGAGUGGAGGAUGAUGAUGGCGGGGCCGUUGCGGGAAUAGGGCGCGAAGGGGGAAGAUUGCUUUGGGGGAAAUGAGGGAAGGCGUGAACGAAUUGGACGAGGCGAGGUCGAGGACGGUGAAAAGGUCGCCGCCGCCGCUGCCGAACCACCAGCUGUUGACCGACUUCCGGAGCGAUCUGGCGGCGGGCGCGCUGAUGGGGGGCGUGGUGCACACCAUCGUGGCCCCGAUCGAGAGGGCGAAGGUGCUGCUGCAGACCCAGGAGAGCAACCCGGCGAUCGUGGGGGGCGGGCGGCGGAAGUUCCGGGGGAUGUUCGACUGCAUCUUCCGCACGGUCCGGGAGGAAGGCGUCCUCUCUCUCUGGAGAGGCAAUGGGAGUAGCGUGAUUCGCUAUUACCCCUCGGUGGCGCUCAAUUUCUCUCUCAAAGAUUUGUACAGAAACAUGUUAAGGAGCGGUAAUUCUCUGGAUGGUCACUUCAUUUCAGGUGCACCAGCCAACUUCAUUGCUGGGGCUGCCGCUGGUUGUACAACUUUGAUCUUGAUAUACCCACUGGAUAUUGCUCACACCCGUCUAGCUGCUGAUCUGGGGAGAACAGAGGUUCGUCAGUUUCAAGGGAUUUAUCAUUUCCUGGUCACCAUACACAAGAAGGAUGGCAUCCGAGGGAUUUAUAGAGGACUUCCUGCAUCUCUUCAGGGAAUGGUGGUCCACCGGGGCUUAUAUUUUGGUGGAUUUGAUACGAUGAAGGAAGUAUUGUCUGAGGAAUCCAAGUAUGAAUUGGCACUGUGGAAGCGAUGGUUGGUGGCUCAGGCAGUCACAACCUCAGCGGGUUUGGUGUCUUAUCCUCUUGACACAGUUCGGAGGAGGAUGAUGAUGCAAUCUGGAUUGGAGAACCCAAUGUACAGUAGCACAUUUGAUUGCUGGAGAAAGAUCUAUAGGAUGGAGGGAGUAGCUUCUUUUUACCGUGGCGCGGCUUCGAAUGUGUUCAGAAGCAUGGGCUCAGCUGCAAUUUUGGUUUUGUAUGAUGAGGUCAAGAAGUUUUUGAAUAGUAGCAGAUUAUAGCGGAAUUACUUUGACAGCAUCCAUUCUUUCCUUUUCUUUUCACGAAACCAUAGAAGUAAACAAGAGGCAAUCCAUUACGGGAAAAGAAAACGGCUCGCUUCACACCACUUGUGAGGUUCACAUAGUUGACAUGUCCAAAGCUACACUACAGUUGCCAUUGAGUUUUUGAGGCUAUGGCAAAUUAAGUCUCGAUAUUUCGUUGCCAAAUAAAGAGGUCGAGGUAUCCGUUUUGCUGGAAA